CUCAAUUCUAAUCUCACGUGGGAAAUAUUUGCACUUGAUCACCCUUUUGACUCUUCACUCUCCCAACCCCCCAACACCUUUUCUUUUCCUUUUCUUUUCUUUUUCUAACUUCUGUAAAUCUGUAAACUAACCUAAAACCUUUGAAACUUAGUACACAAUAUCUUGUUGAUGUACUACAAAUCUAGUCACACUGCAUAGAUGUUUUAGAGGGAGAAAUUAAGGAAAAAAUUAUCAACAUUCUCUUCUUAUUGUGAAAAUAAAAAACUUCAAUUUUCCUUUUUUUUCUUAAUUAUGAUAAUUUUUUGUAAUUAAAGAAAUCUAUGUCUUAUUAUGUUGGUGAAAUCCAAUCUUUUGGGACUAAAAUAGUGUAAUCAAGAAGAUGAAAGUGAGAUGGGUGGCAAUAAAAAGUGAAGGAAAAAAAGGAAAGAUGAAAUGGGGUGGUUUUCUUAUGAUUCUUUCUCUUACAAUUUUCUCUCUUUUUACACUUUUAUUGCUUGCUAGAUAUACUCUUAAACAAACCAAUGCUUUUGAUAAUGGAGGUUAUGAUUUUCAGUCCCUUUCUUCAUUUACUAUCUUUGCUUGGAAACCCAUCUUUAGAAGCUCAGAUCUUCCCAGAAAUCAGAGUCCCCUGCACAAAAGGCUAUGGGGCCCAGUUAGGGAGUUGGGUUCUUUGCAUCCUCAUGCCAAUCCUCAAGGACCCUAUUCUGCUCCCAAUUUGCAAUCCACGGGCUUUCUUUUCGUCCGGAUUCGAGGGGGUUUUCAUGAGAUUCGGAAUGCAAUCUCAGAUGUUGUUGCUGUAGCACGGCUACUCAAUGCUACUCUUGUGAUCCCCGAGAUACUCUCGACCACUAGUAGUAAGGGAAUUAGCUCAGAGUUUAAAAGUUUUGCUUAUUUAUACAACGAAGAUCAGUUCAUAGCAGCAUUAGCCAAAGAUGUCAAUAUUACUAGAACUCUUCCUAAGAAUAUUAAGGAGGCAAGGAAGAAAAAGGCCGUCCCUUUGUAUAGCGUGCCAAGUUCAGCAUCUCCGUAUUUCUAUUUGCAUCAAGUUUUGCCUAUGUUGAGGAAGCACUCUGUUGUCGAACUUGUGGUCUCUGAUGGUGGCUGUUUGCAGUCAAACCUUCCUCCCGAUCUUAAAGAGUAUCAGAGGUUGAGAUGUAGGGUUUCUUUUCACGCCCUUCAGUUCCGUCAGGAAGUCCAAGAGCUUGCCACAAAUAUUUUGAGAAGAUUACGACUCCCUGGGAGGCCGUUCAUUGCAUAUGAACCAGGGAUGACCAGAGAGGCUUUGGCAUACUAUGGGUGCGCGGAGCUUUUUCAGGAUGUGCAUAUGGAACUUAUUCAACACAAAAGGUCAUGGAUGAUAAAACGAGGAAUCAUAAAAGGAAAACUUUUAGUGGAUUCCGCUGAGCAAAGGCUCAAUGGUUCGUGUCCUCUCAUGCCGGAAGAGGUUGGUCUCAUUCUUCGUGCCUAUGGAUAUCGGGCUGACACAUUGAUAUAUGUCUCAGGUGGAGAAAUAUUCGGUGGCCAGAGAAUACUAAUCCCGAUGCAUGCAAUGUUUGAUAACAUAGUUGAUAGGACUUCUCUUAGCACUAAUUAUGAGCUUACUAGGCUAUACGGUCGUGAGGUAAAUCCGGUGAACCCUCCAUCUAGAGUGCCCUUUGCAAUAGUAAAAGAAAGUAAGCUAGAAGCGGGGCAAAAGGCCGGUCCAAGGCCCCAUCCGUUACCACCCCCUCCUGCGCGGCCAAAAUAUCCGCACAAUAUUGAAGGGUGGUGGGGUUGGGUAGCUGAGAGCGAUAAUGAACCUGAUAGUACCGUGAUGGAACUCAGAACUAAUGCUCAUAAGUUGCUCUGGGAGGCCAUUGAUUAUAUUGUUUGUGUGGAAGCUGAUGUUUUUAUCCCGGGAUUUGAUCGUGAUGGCAAGGGACGCCCGAAUUUCGCAAGCUUGGUUAUGGGUCACCGUCUGUAUCAAUCUGCUGCCGCGAUUACAUUUAGACCAAACCGAAAAGAAGUAGCUAAACUCAUAGACGAUCUUCGAGAGAGCAUGCACCCAACUAACCGAACAUGGCUUUCAUCAAUACGAAAGCAUCUAAAACAAACAUUGCUUGAUGGUCUUGUGGAAGCAUUCAACUUGUCCAAACCGCUCUCCUUUCUCUCGCAUCCCAUUCCUGAGUGUUCUUGCUCAAGAGGAGAAAACAGCCCUUCAACCGAUUUCAACCCACGAGCUGCUUUGAAAAUUCGGAGAAUCUGCCCUGCUUGGAUGGGCGUCAGUACAAACUUGAGGCGAAAAGAAAAGGAAACCGAUGAUGAAGUUUAUGUCGAUGAUGGCUUUAUAUCGUCAUUUUUUGUACGUGCAACGGGAAAGCUAGGGGUAGAUAUUGGAGGAAACGGAAGCCAAGAAGAAACACGGUUGGAGGAUCAAGAUGAGCUCGAAAAUGGGGACAGAUGACAAAAUAUACAACACAUUUCCUCGAGAUCGUGUACAUAAACAAACAUUGGACAGGUUGGAAAAUUUUCGUACUUCUGCUAUUGAUUGGCAUCUUUCCGAUUCUUUGGCCAGCAGCAUUAACUCAAGUAAGUCUAGUUAGAAGCAUUUGGCUGUUUUUCACAUAUAAUUGUUUGAAAAUGGCUAUGAAUUUAUCUUUAUAGUCCCUCCACAUUAGAUUUUUUGUUUUCAUUUACAUAGAGAAAUAUAGUAGAUGAUACUUGAUCAGUGUCAAUUUACCAUUUCAGCAAAUGCAAAUGGUAGAUGAUAUUUUAUCUUUUUUUAUUACAAGGUAGGCUGUGAGGAGGGCAUAAUUAGGUGAGAAUCGAACUAAAGACCUUAUCUAAGGAAAUGGUAGUUGCUUGAAUUAAGACAAGACCUAAUUCUCCAUUAUUUUACUCGCAAUGUUUGACUCGUAUGCCUCAAAUGGUAGGUAUUACUCAUGUGAUUGUACUAGUUUGUUAUAAAGUAUUAGAGUAACAUAACACAUUGAAUUGUUUGUGCUUCAUAUUUAUGUAAAGUUGUAGAUGAUAUAUAUAGUAAGGAUCAGUCAAAUUUAAUCCAUUUGUUACUACAAAUGAAAGGUUGAUUGGAAUUGGAAUAAACAUGUUAAAGUGUGUUUAACA